AUGGGCAGGAGGGAUUCAAAAGCCAAAAUUUCCGGGCUCGAAUCCCGUCGAGAAGGAAGUAGCUCCGACUCCGUAGGGAGGAGGAAAGUCAACCAGAGCUGGAGUUUCCAGGUGUGUGUGUACAUCACCUGCCCCUAUAUAAAGGAGGAGGUCUGGUUUAAGGCCCUGGCAUUGCUGGGCACCUUGGCUCUGUGCCAUGGCCUGCGCCGUCCUACCAGUCACCAGCACCAGCCCCACGGUCAUUGCUACAGCACAGGCGAGCUGCAGGACGGGGAAGCCCCUGCACACCUGCUGGGGCUGCGGUGGGACCACUACCUACCAGUGCAGCUGGUGCCACAACUGGAGCGGCUGCAAGAGGUCGCCAACGGCCACCGCCGGCACCGCCGCCACCGGCACCGCACCUGCCCUGCUCUGCAGCUCCGUGCUGGCCUCCGCAGCGAGCCCAACGAGCGCUCCAUCUCCCCCUGGAGGUACCGCAUCGACGAGGAUGAGCACCGCUACCCCCACAAGCUGGCCUUCGCCGAGUGCCUCUGCAGCGGCUGCAUCGACGUCAAGACAGGGCGGGAGACCACCUCGCUCAACUCGGUGGCCAUCCACCAGAACAUGAUGGUCCUGAGGCGCAAGCCCUGCCCUCAUCCUGCUGGCCACGGCCUUGUCACCUUUGAGGUGGACUACAUCAGGGUGCCUGUGGGUUGUACCUGCGUCCUGCCCCGCACCACUCGCUGA